GCUUUAACUUCAGACUCUGAGGUGGGCUGUGUGUACGUAACUGGAAUGCUUUCCCUCUCUCACUCCUUCGCAGCGUAGGAGAAGUGAUCUGACACAGUAUAAGCUCACACCACAGCUGCUCUUGCUUUUUGUUACUGGACCUGAAAUAAGGGCUUUUAUGACUUCGCUUAUCCAUUCGAAGUGGAAUAACGGCUGUUGCUGCACUGUAAAUAGGAAUUCUUUUUCUCACCUUGCAGGAUGAAAUAAUGCAGAAGUCUAAGCAUUCACACAAUUUGGAAAUACUGUAUCUGUUAUUGAGGUAAAAUGUUAACACAGUACUUAGAUCCAGCCUUUCCACCUGUCAUACAGUAACUAGUCAACAGUAUUUCUGACAUUUUAUAUUUAAAACCAAGAAGAGAUUAACCUGUUCCUUCAGUUUAGCAAGAAUGAAAAUCGAGAUAGCAGUAGUAUGCAAAGCCUUCAAUGAGACUGGACUUCUAUUUGUAAUCAAAUGGAAUAUAUGUCAUGAUUUCUCUACAGUCUGUUGAUUAAAGCUGAUUUCAGUUACUAUUGUGCUGAGAUGAAUAUAACAAAAUAGCUAAAGAAAAAUCCCAAUAAAUGUGAAAUGAGACAGCAGAAUGUCUGUUAACGAUUCCACUCAUUUUGCUGAAUUACCAGCAUACUAAGGCAACAAAAUGUAUUGGUUAUGUAAAUAAUAAAUGUAGCUCAAAUUGUAUAAAGAAUACAGAUCAGCAUUUCUUUGUAUGCGAGUGUCCACUGUUAUUCAUUAAAAUCUGUUUACUUUCACAGGAAAUUAACAGCUUAAAGAACAGUUUAUAAGAGGAGUGGGUUGGUUUUUUUUAGAAGGAAUUAGCAUGUUCCUGUUUCUUCAGAAGAAUAUCAAAUGAUUUAAAGAAAAACAAUCUAUUGUAAAAGAACUCGUAUGGUUAUAGAGCGUGAGGAAAUAUUUUCUGCAUUGAAAAUUUUCAUCAAGUAUACAGAAGUGAAAGUUGGAAGCAGUUCUUUCACUGCAGGUAUGGAUUUAUCAGCAUGUAGCUACUGUACAAAGUUUAUACUUGGAUAAUUUUGGACAGAACCUCUUUUUUUUUUUGACCUUCUGAAGGGGCUAUCAUCAUUCAAGUUUCAGCAUAAUGAACGAUUUCCAUCAUGUGGAGCUGAAGUUACUAUCUUUGACUACUAUGCUAUACAGAAGAGUUUGUAAGAAAUACAAGGAAAUCAAUUUCUGUUAAGGGCAUUACACAAAACAAAAGAGACUCUUCACGUACAGACUUUAUUUGAAGAACAAAAUAGAAAUCUCAUUCCUGCAUAGUGACAGGAAGUUGAAGCUUUUCUUCUCCACAGCUUGGUGUGCUUAUACACCAUGAUAAACCUUUGUUGGAAUGUUCACUGAAAACAGUGGAACUAGUCAGAAAGCAUUUACUACCAACAACAAUCACUUGAGUAAACACAGAUAAGGAAGACCAGCUACAUGGAAUAAACCGUAAGACUCCAAAAGUCAUUCUCCACAGUAAAAAAUUUAUGUUUAUUGGAUUUCUGCAAGCAGAAAGUUUACUCAUACUUUUAAAUAAGGUUGUAGAAGACCAGAAAACUAGACUGUGUACAAAUCUCAUUGUUCCUGACCAUGAUCAGUGUAACUUGGAACAUCUUCCUAAUUUGGACUAAGAUAGGGUUGUUGCUUAAAAUGGCACCUCAUUCUGUCAGUGCCAAAUCAUGCCCAUCUGUGUGUCGCUGUGAUGCAGGUUUCAUUUAUUGCAAUGAUCGUGAAUUGACAUCAAUUCCUACUGGAAUUCCACAGGAUGCUACCACCCUCUACCUUCAGAACAAUCAAAUAAAUAAUGCUGGGAUUCCUUCAGACCUGAAAAACUUGCUUAGGGUAGAGAGAAUAUAUUUAUAUCACAACAGUUUAGAUGAAUUCCCUACCAAUCUCCCUAAGUAUGUUAAAGAACUGCAUUUGCAGGAAAAUAAUAUAAGGACCAUUACUUAUGAUUCGCUUUCACAAAUUCCUUAUCUGGAAGAAUUGCAUUUGGAUGAUAAUUCAGUUUCUGCUGUUAGUAUUGAAGAUGGAGCUUUCCGGGACAACAUUUAUCUCAGACUACUUUUUCUCUCUCGAAAUCACCUUAGCACCAUUCCCUGGGGUUUGCCUAAAACAAUAGAAGAGCUACGCUUGGAUGAUAAUCGUAUUUCCACAAUUUCAGAGGUGUCCCUUCAAGAUCUUACAAAUCUAAAACGUCUGGUUUUAGAUGGAAAUCUUUUAAACAAUCAUGGAUUAGGAGACAAAGUCUUCAUAAAUCUAGUCAACUUAACAGAACUGUCGUUGAUCCGCAAUUCCCUUACAGCUGCUCCCAUAAAUUUGCCAGGCAUAAACCUAAGAAAGCUUUAUCUUCAAGAAAAUCAUAUAAAUCGUGUACCACCUAAUGCUUUCUCUGACCUAAGGCAAUUGUAUCGACUAGAUAUGUCAAAUAACAAUCUAAGCAAUUUACCUCAGGGUAUCUUUGAUGACCUGGACAACAUAACUCAAUUGUUUCUUCGUAACAAUCCAUGGUACUGCGGAUGCAAAAUGAAAUGGGUCCGUGACUGGCUUCAAUCAUUACCUUUAAAAGUUAACGUACGUGGACUGAUGUGUCAAGCACCAGAGAAAGUGCGUGGAAUGGCUAUCAAGGACCUCAGCACAGAGCUAUUUGAUUGUAAGGAUGAUAGUACUGUAAGCACCAUCCAAAGUAUUACUGCAAUACCAAACACAUUAUACCCUGCCCAAGGGCAUUGGCCAGUUUCUGUGACCAAACAGUCAGACAUAAAGACUCCCAAUCUAAAUAGAAACUACAGAACCACAGCAAAUCCAGUAAGGAAAAUCAUUACAAUCAUUGUGAAAUCUGUAAGCACCGAGAGCAUUCAUAUUUCUUGGAAAGUUGCACUACCAAUGACUGCUUUAAGACUGAGCUGGCUAAAAAUGGGUCACAGCCCUGCCUUUGGAUCUAUAACUGAAACAAUAGUUACAGGAGAUAGAAGUGACUACCUACUUACAGCCCUUGAGCCAGAGUCACCAUACCGUGUAUGUAUGGUUCCCAUGGAAACCAGCAACAUCUAUCUGUCUGAUGAAACCCCCAUUUGUAUAGAGACUGAAACAGCAUCUCUUAAGAUGUACAAUCCUACAACAACCCUAAACCGAGAGCAAGAGAAAGAACCUUACAAAAAUUCUAAUUUACCUUUGGCUGCCAUCAUAGGUGGUGUGGUGGCACUAGUAGCUAUAGCACUGCUUGCGUUAGUGUGCUGGUAUGUCCACAGAAAUGGAUCCUUGUUUUCAAGGAACUGUGCAUACAGCAAAGGACGGAGGAGAAAAGAUGAUUAUGCUGAAGCUGGAACUAAGAAGGACAACUCCAUCCUAGAAAUCAGGGAGACUUCUUUUCAGAUGAUACCAAUAAAUAAUGACCAAGUGUCCAAGGAAGAGUUUGUAAUACAUACCAUAUUCCCACCUAAUGGAAUGAAUCUGUAUAAAAACAACCACAGUGAAAGCAGCAGUAACAGAAGCUACAGAGACAGUGGUAUACCAGAUUCAGAUCAUUCACAUUCAUGAUACUGAAGGAAAUAAUGGACAGGAAAGAGCGACUAUAAAGGUUGCUGUUCUACUGCAAAACACUGGAUUAAAAGACUGAAAAAGCAAUGUACUGUACAUUUGCCAUAUAAUUUAUAUUUAAGAACUUUUUAUUAAAAGUUUCCAAUUUCAGGUUACUCCUGCAAUUAAUGCAGUGGGGAUACCUGACCACAAUUCUCUAUUUUAGUACUUUUUAGUAAUUUGUACUGUAUUUUCCUUGCUAAUAUUGAAGUUACAGCCCAUUUAACUUUUGUGUUCUACUGAGUAAGAUGACUUGUUGACUGUGAAAGUGAAUUUUCUUGCUGUGUUGAACAAUCAGGACUUUGCAUUCAUUUAAGAUCCUUGUAAGUAUAAGCACAGGCCAUUUUUCACUUUGGUAUUAAUAAAAUAUUAAACCUGGCAGACAGAGGAGAUGAAAAAGUGGUUGCAAACUUCUUAGAAACUAUAAUGUUGACUCUGUAAACCACGACAGUACUCAAUAAAGAAAAACGUGCGUGGUAAUGGGCAAUAUCAGCUGUCUGGAUAUAUCCAUUUUAACAACAGUGAAAUGAAUUUUUAUAAGCCAGUUUGUCAUCUGCAUGCAACUGAAGCUGUUGACAUAAAAGCAAAAGUUUGAGACCUAAGCAGUUAAUGAAACUCCUCACGAGACUUCAAGAUACACUGCUGUACUACCACCAAAACCAAGGGCACAUUUAAUUUCCAGUUCUCAAAAAUGUUUAAGUCUAUAUAUUAUGGAGAACAUGAUGAUAGCUGAUAGGCAUUUGGGGGAAAUGUUAGUGCCUGCACUUGAACAGAAAAUAUGCUGAUAAUUCCACACAUUAGAAAACAUAUUAGUAUGAACAAGACUAAAAUAAGGCUUCAACCAGUUUUGAGACAUGAUGGUAAAUGGUUAAUUGUACAACUGAUAAAUUUGGAAAUAAAGUCCUUACUUCUAAAGCAUAUAAAAAACCCAACAGACUACAAGUGUAUUAAAUAUAUUUAGACUUGGCAGAAUUUGAUUUUUUUUAAAUAAUUUCAACAGAUAACAUCACUGUUUAUUUUAAGCAUUUUUUCCAUGUAUAUCUAUUUAAAUUUUCACAGUUGUACAAAAUUAUGGAUUCUAAGCAUUUUUAUGAUUUUUAUUCAUUUAAAUUUUCAUGGUUCCAGGAAAUGUUACUGUGUGUUUCAAACAAUGGGGGGGGCAGACAAUUAUUUAAUGAUGUAGACAUUCAGAUUGAAACAUUUAAAUAUACAGAGUACAUAUCCUUCAGUCAAAUUCUAAUAAGGCAAUAUUUUUUCAUCAGUUUGUCUAUAGCCAAAUCAACAUUUAACGACAUUUACCAAUAAAAUUCAAAUCCUUCCAAUCCUAAUCCUUCCAAACCUAAAUAUACUUCCACUACAGUCAGGAAUACUGCCCAUUACUGUCACAAAUUUCCACAAAAUUUAAUAAAUUUGUAAGAUAACAAUUCCUAUUGAAUUGUGAGGUAUUUAGUGUUUUAAACCCAAGCCACUCUUUUUGUUGCCAUAAUCAUUUAUUUUGCAAAUGAAAACCAAAGUGCAUUGUACGCCCUUUGGCCAGUCUUGUAUGUGCCUUGAUCCAAUGCUAUGUGUAUUCAGCUUUUAAAAAUAAAUUGGUAACAAAUUUUUCAUACAUACUUAAGUAUGAAAAACAUUGGUCUUAUUGCUGAAUAAAAUGUAAAAGUAAGUACAGAACAAUGUGUUUUGCUUUUCCUAACUCAUGUGCAAAAAAAGCAGUUAAAGAAUUAAAAAUGUAGGCUGUGAACUAGUAAGAAAUCGAAUAGGAGGCAAUUACUUUUCAGGUCACGAACUUCAACUGCUUCUUUGUCAAGCACAGUACCAUAGUGUUUGGCUGGGAUUUUUUUUUAAUCAUUUUGAAAACAGGUUGUCACUUAACUCGAUAACUAUAAUAUUAACAACAGAAGGUUGGCAAGACAUAGCCUGUUAUCUCUCUAAAGUACAAGAGAGUACUCAGUUGUUGAAAGAAUUUUUAUAUUAAUGAACUGGAGAUACAGAGAUGGAAUAGAACACCAACACAAGGUAAAGCACAGUAUGAGUUUAGAGACUUUCGAAAAACAGACAUACCAAAUGCCUAAAUAUAUCUUUUGGAUGGCAUUUCUGCAGGGAGAAAGAAUGCAUAGAAAGUAAAACUCAACACUUUUAAGAAUGUUUUUGUAACAGCGCACUUGGAAUGCAAGACAAUGCUCAAUUGAUAAAAAUGUGACUUCUGUUUUUGCUACUGAAACCCAGACUGGAGUAAGAGGCCCACCUCUACAGAUGUGUAUGCUGCAAAUUGAUCAAUUUUUAGAAGUAACAUAUUUCUCUCUCUCACACUCCCACUGGUUGAUCAUUAUGCCCAGAGCCUUAAAACUUGUUAGAUUUUCCCUUAACCAUGGCUCGAGAACCAGAAAAAUUACAAAGAAGGUAAGUUUUGAUUGGUUCAACAGACAAAUCUAUUCUCCUCCCAGCCAACUCCACUCUUCUAACUUUUCAGACACAUCUAAGGCUUACAAUA